UUCUUAGUGCCUACCCAACAUGAGUUCCGUCGAACGUCGAUAUAUCUUCACUUCGAAUUCAAGUGCUCAAAACAAGUCAAUUUGUGAAUUAACCUCAACAUUCACUGAAUCGAAUUGUCUCGCGAGCCUGUAAAGUUUGGGUUGGGCUUGAAAGCCGUUCGGCUCGUUUGCACAAAUACAUACCCUGCAUAAUCAGUUCACUGUCCGAUCUGCUUUCAGCUCCCCUCAAUAAAGCGAUUAAACUUUGUUGUCUGCAACCUCUAAUGCUUUCGAGGCUGCUGCUGUUUAUGCAGUUUUCCCCCACGCUUAACCUUGCUUUAACUUGUAGUUGUUUUAUUUAAUUAAUAAAAUGAGGUCGCCAUUUUCAAAAAAAAUUGUUCUCUUCUUGGUUGUUUUUGCAUGCUUAACGUAAUAUUCGUACUUCGGCCCACAAAUUGGAGCAGAGAAUGAUACACCCUAUACUAUAAUCUAUUAUUGUAUUUUUGUCGUCACUUUCUUUGAGAUUUAUCAUCUGAGAUUCCCCAUCUCAAAUAAUGUCCUUGGGCCAUUCAAUCAAGUAACUAUGAGGGGCUCGAAAGAAUAUGGGAAGUGGGAGAACUAUUGCACUGGAUGGUGACCCGUGGAUUCCGGGCAUUAGCAAUUUUAAACUUCAACCUAUCCAACGCCAACAAUUAUGGGCUUUCCAGUGGGUUAUGGAGGAUGAAUGGGAAUGGAAUUUGGACAUCAUUAGACAGAGUUGUUCGGAGGAAGAAGUGGCAGCCAUUAGAAGAAUCCCUAUUGGUCCGCAGUACUCAGAUGACACUUGGGUUUGGCAUCACGAGAAGUCAGGUAUCUUCUCAGUCAAGACUGCUUAUCACAGUUUUAGAGUUGCGGAAAUGAACAGGCUUGGGACUGGAAAUCCAAAUCACCCGAGCUGCUCGACUAAAGCGUGGAAAUGGUUAUGGAGCUUAUCACUUCCUCCAAAGAUCCGGUCUUUCAUUUGGAGACUGUCGAGGAAUGCGGUUGCUACAAAGAGAAAUCUUUGGUUCAGAAGAUGCAAUCCUUCCCCUGUUUGUUCGAUUUGUGAAGUGGAGGUUGAUGACAUUAGACACUGUCUCUUCCAGUGUCCGCAUGCUGCGAGGGUUUGGCAUUCUAACUUUCCCUCUCUCAUUCUCCCCCACGACUCCACCCCGAUUGUGAUGUGGUUACUUGGGAUCUCUGAAAGUAUCCCUCUGAUUCCUAUUCCGGCAGUUGUGGCUUGCCUCUGGGCAAUUUGGCUGGUGAGGAACGAGAGGGUGUUUAAAGGAGUUAGCCCUAGUACUUAUGGUACUUCUCUGAAAGCAGUGAGUUUUUUCUCGGUUUGGACGAGUCAAGGUGGACUGUCCCUCCCUACUUCUCGUGACCAGCAUGCUCCCCGUCAUCCUACACUCAGCCUACCGCCUUGUCUUAACCAUUGGGUUAUUCACUGUGAUGGAACUUUCAGUUCGGAAUCUCAGUUGGCGGCUUAUGGAGUGGUAAUCAAAAACCCUCUUGGCCAAGUUGUAGAUGGCUUUGCUGGUACUCUAUUCUGCUCGGCGGCGAUUGUAGCGGAAGCUAAGGCUAUUCUGAUUGCAAUGCAGCAUGUGGUUUCAGUCGGCAUCUCUGCUACCAUCUACUCUGACUGUAAGGUCUUGGUCGAUACGAUUCUUAAUACAAGCAAAGCUGGACCUUGGCAAGUUAGGGCGUGGAUUCAAUGGAUGAGGCAAAUCCUCCAUGCGAAUGGUGGGAUCAAGAUUGCUUUUUUGUCCAAGGAAGGAGAACAAAUGUGCGGACUGGGUUGCAAAAGAAGCUGCUAAAGGGUCACUUCACCAGGAGUGGAUUCAAGUUCUUAACAUCAUUUACCCUAUGUUGUAAUACGAUUAGUUUGUACUAUUUUCACCGUUGAAAUGAAUGGAAUUCAAUCUUUGUCAAAAAAAAAUUAAGCAUUGUCAUUUGCCAACUGGCCUUAAUCGUGAAUUCAUAACCAUGAAAAUGAGGAUUGCUUCCAAGUCCCAAAUAUUCGCAUCAGGAGUAGUUGACAAACACAAGAGGAGCUUUUACCAAACCAAACACACGACGAAAAGAGAAUCUAUAUAGACGAUUGAACUAUUAUAUUUUCGAGCCCAAAUUUAGUUUUUCUUGAAAUUUAGUAUAUUUUUUUUUUACAAAUAGGCCCAUAAAUUUGCUGAAUCGCUAAAUUUGAUGGUAGAAUUACAUUUUUUAUCCAAUUUUUCAAACAAUAUAGUCCUCAACUUUUAGAAUUUUACAAACAAGUUCAAUGUAUUGGUAAGAUGAAUUUCAUAUCACUAAUUGUUACUAAGGGUCAGAGGGUCGAAAAGUGAUCUGGCACUAAGUUGACCCGACCCUAAACUGGCCUCGUAGACAAAAUGGCAAGGGCAGAUCCUCAAGAUUAGGGCGGAUCAGUAUAUCUUUAGAGUCAAGCUUACACUCUUAAAUAAGAAUGCAAUUUUUGAAUAGGGAUGGCAACAAAACCCUAUCCACGGAUACCCUGCUCGAACUAACCCGAUCAAAGCGGGUAAAACUCAUGUUGAAGGAUUACGGGCUGAGUUCGGAUUUAAACCGGUUCUACUAUUUAGCGGGUUGGGUUCAAGUUUAGUCAUAUCAAACCCGUUCCAACCCGUACCUGUCUAAUUUGUUCUUUCUAAUUGUGUAGAAUUAAAUUGAUAUUGUGGAGUGGAGAGUGAAGAAGCCUAGUUGACAAGGAGGAAAAAACUUUCAAUUAAUUAUAUUAUUUUUAUGGAUGUUUAUCUUUAAUGUUGAACAAUUUGUAUGGAUAAGUUGUGGUUUGCUUGUAUGUUGUAGAUUGGUGUUUUUUUGUACGAAUAAUUUGUAUGGAAAGAUUGAUGUUAGACUUUUAUUUUGACAUAAAGUUAUUGUGCAUUUAUAGAACACAUGGGUAUCCAUGAACACGCGGAUACCCAACGGGUUGGGUUUGAGUUUUCUAAACCCGUUGGAUUUUACUCUGGAUUUUUUUGAUGGACAUACCCAUGGGUUUGGGUUCGAGGUUGACAAAACCCAACCAAGAUAUUGUCCGCUUUGGGCCUCGACCCUCACGGUUUUCGACUUGGGGUGCAAUUCAAGGUGAUUUCUCAUAAGGUCACUCAUCCUUGUUGUACUCCACACUAAGCACGUUUAACUUCGGAGUUCUCACAAGAACUCCUCCAUUGUAGCCCAAAACGCGUCUCCUCAGUUAAAGCUGAUUUCUUACUUAUGAACCAUGAAUCUCUCCCGUGCUUUGUUAAUGUGGGAUUUGCUUCAAGUGUUACCGUUUCAGUGUAUUUCUCUUUGUUUUUUUUUUAAUUCCUGGCCCGAUGAUCUCUUGGUGAGCUAUUGGUCCGCGGCAUAUGUUUGUUUUGUUUUGUUGUUUUUUCCCAGUAAUUUUGUUGCUUAGCAUUUGAUGAUUGUGAAGCUGUUCAUUUUCAUUACGAGGAAUGAAGAAUAUUAAGGUUGUUUGGUUUACGUGUUUUGCUAUAAUUGUGAUAGGGACAAUUAUUCAUCUUGAAUUAAUACAGGAAUUAGACAAGGGUAUUACUCAUAUGUUACUUUGGUGUAAUGUUAUAUGUUAUUACUCAUAUGUUGGAUCUAAGUACGACAUGUUACUUUGGUGUAAUGUUAUAUGUUAUUACUCAUAUGUUAGAUGACAUUUGAUAUAAUUUAUCAGAAUUAGUACAAUAUAAUGACUCUUUCCAUAUUUCCGGAUUAAAACGAGUAACUCGUUAAUCCUUAACCCACUAGCUCGACCGGUUUGGGUAACCACUUCCAAUUAUUCUUUUGUGCUCAUUUCCGCUCUUACAAAGUUACAAAAGCCUUUUUAAAGUCUUUAAUUCAUUGCUCAUCAGGUUUUGGGCUUUGUGGGUAUAUUGAAAGGCGAGGCGGCAGGCCAAUUCCAAAGCCCAACGAAACAACUCCUUUUGGGAUAUGGACGCCAACUUUGGCUUGGGCUUUUGACUGCGAGCGUCACAGACGAACUAGUAGUCAAUGUCUUGAAUCUUGAUGCAGUUUUCGCUAAUUAGCUGAUGCAGCCACCGUCGAGGGAACCUCUCCUCGCAAUGACAACUACUACUACACCAACCAGAAGAAAUUCGCACUACUCAUUUGAAUUUCCUCAGUAUAUCUCACCGAGAUUCGGUAGGUGCAUGCAUGGAUUCAUUCGCUCUCUUUCAUUUUCUCCCAUGCAUCAUGACGAAGUUUGGCCACAUGGAGUGGUUGGACUGAGAAAUGUGUGGAAGCUCCUAUAUAUACACGAAGAGGUGGGUAAGAUAAGAAGAAGAAAAAAACGGAGCAAUCACAUAAUAAGAUGUCGGAAGAUUUGUAGGGCAUGAUUAAUGCGUACAUUUUAAUUUGGAAAACGGGUUGACACCCCGUAUCAAAAGGUAGUUGGUGAGAGGGGAGAGCCAGACGUGAUUAAAAAUACAUUAAAAUUUUUAUAAUAAAUUCGGUGAUUAGAGUUUAAGAUAUUUUUGCUCCAAAAUUAUGGUUCAUCGUUUAAGGCAAAGCGAAAUAUUAAGAAAUUUCAAUAAAUAAUUAUUAUAUGUCUACUUCUUCAUUCCCGCAUACAACACUAGUCUCGAUAGAGACACGAGGAAAUAAUAGAAUAGAACCUUUUGUUUCUUAGUUUUUAUUUUUACAAUAAUAAUUGAUCCAUCAUGUACUGUUGCAGUGAGCUUUUUUAUUUUGAUUUUCCAGAAGGGGAAUUUGUACUGUUGUUGGUUGUUUUGGCAUUCUUAUCCCAAAUAUUCGUGCUUCGGCCCACAAAUUGGAGCAGACCACCAACUACUACAAAAUCCGAUUAUAACACCUAAUAUUAUAUUUUUAUUGUCACUUUCUUUGAGAUUUAUCAAUAAAAUUAAAUCCUUUUA